ACAGUGGCCAAUAGUCAGGGAUGAUGGGAAUUGUAGUCCAACAGUGGCUGGAGGGCCACAGUUGUGCAGCCCUGGUCUAGAGAGAUGAACCCCAAGCUGCCUUGUUUGCAUGUGUGUUUUGUGACUGUAUUGUGUGUAAUUUUGUUUUGACUGUGGACCAGUGGCAUUGAGUGGGAAGAGAGAUGUGUGAUAUAUAGUCCAAACACUGAAACAUGACUUAGGAAAUCACUUGUGUGCAUUGAGCCACAGCUAUGGAAAAGAGAUGCUGAUUGCCAGAAGUCACCAUCAAAAUGUAACACGGCUGUAUUCCUACACUAUUUACUUGGAAGUAAAUUCUGUUGGAAUCAAUGGGAUUUACUCUCAGCGAGCUCUAGGUUGCAUGUUUCUUUCUUCAUGAGGCGGUGCCCUUCCUGACGGUGGCCAUUGGAGACUUGAAUUCGUGCUGAAGUUGGGGAGAGGACCUCAAAACAACCCCCUCUCCCCUAACUGGGAGCUCCGCCUCUUCCUUCCAUCAUGGCCGACCCCAUCAUGGACCUUUUUGAUGAUCCCAACCUCUUCGGCCUAGACUCGUUGACAGAUGACAGCUUCAACCAGGGGGCCCCGGACCCCAUAGAGGAGGCACUGGGACUUCCAGGCGUGGCCUUGGACUCACUGGCAGGGGCCCCCAAAGAACAGCAGGUCCCGCCACACCCAGAGCCUCCCCAACCACAGACUCUGCCCCUCCCAGAUACACAGCCUGAGACUGUGCCUGAACUGCCCCAGCAGGACCAGCCAGGACUUCUGCAGGCCCCGCAAGACCAGGAGGUCCUCAGCCAGGGCAACCCAUUCAUGGGCGUCUCUUCGGCAACCCCCACGCAAGCUGUAGCACCCUCCUCCUCCACUGGAGGGCAGCAGGUAGCAGCCGCGCCUCCUCCUGCCCCGAAAAUUGUCAUCUUGAAGGCGCCGGCGGGGGGCUCGAUGGCGGGGGCCCACGUGGCCCAGAUCCAAGCCCAGCCCAUCGGCGCAGCCAACGGGGGUAAAGUGACCUUUGCGAAAGUGCUGACGGGCACCCCCUUGCGGCCCGGCGUCUCCAUCGUCUCGGGCAACGCCGUGCUGGCCACCAAAGUCUCCCCCGGGGGAGGGGCCCCCGCAACACUCCAUCGCCUCGUGCAGCCCGGCCGGCCCGUCAAGCAGCUGGUGCUGCAGCCCAUCAAGAGCCAGGCGACGGGGAGCACCGGAGCCACGCCGCUGAAGCCCGCUGUGACGCUGACCUCCACUCCAGCGCAGGGGGAGUCGAAGCGCAUCACCCUGGUUCUGCAGCAGCCGCCAGCUGGCGGGGGCGCCCCAGGGCAGCGCCACGUGGUCCUCGGGAGCCUGCCGGGCAAGAUUGUGCUGCAGGGGAACCAGCUGGCCGCUCUGAGCCAGGCCAAGGGCACUCCCGGGCAGCCUGCCAAAGUCGUCACCAUCCAGCUCCAGGUCCAGCAGCCUGGCCAGCAGCAGCAACAGCCGGGGACCCAGAAGAUCCAGCUGCUGCAGCAGCCUCCGGUCAGCACCUCGGGCCAGCAGGCCCCCCUGGGGGUCUCUGCGGUGCAGCAGGCCCAGGUGGUGGGCGGUUCGGGACAGAGAGUGACGGUACCCCUCAAGGUGGUUCUGCAGCCACAGGCCAGUUCAUCACAAGGCAGCUCCUCGGGGCUCUCGGUAGUUAAGGUGCUGAGCAGCAGCGAGGUCGCAGCUCUGCCCUCGUCCAGUGGGACUACCCGGAGCAGCUCGGACGAAUCCCGCAAGCUGGAGCACCAGAAGAAGCAAGAGAAGGCCAACCGGAUUGUGGCGGAAGCCAUUGCCCGCGCCCGAGCGCGGGGCGAGCAGAACAUCCCCCGCGUGCUGAACGAGGACGAGUUGCCCAGUGUGCGGCCCGAGGAGACGGGAGAGCGCAAGCGGCGGCGGAAGGGCGGGGGCGAGCGCAUCCCCAAGGAGGAGCGGCCGCGCAAGGGCAGAGGCCAGGGGGGAUCGGGCAAGAGCAAAGGCCGUGGAAAGCCCAGCACCAUCACGCCAGUAGUAGGAAAGAAACGGAAACGCAACGCCUCUUCUGACAACUCGGAUGCGGAGGUGAUGCCAGCACAGUCCCCACGUGAGGAGGAGGAAAGCAGUGUCCAGAAGCGGCGCUCCAACCGGCAGGUGAAGCGGAAGAAGUACACCGAGGAUCUAGACAUCAAGAUCACAGAUGACGAAGACGACGAGGAGCUGGACGUAACGGGGCCGAUCAAGGCCGAGCAGCCUCCAGCCCCCGAACCUCCCGUGCCGGAACCCAUCCCUGAGGGGGAGGCUCUGCCUUCCAUGCAGUUCUUUGUGGAAAACCCCAGCGAAGAGGACGCUGCUAUCGUGGACAAAGUGCUUUCCAUGCGGGUGGUGAAGAAGGAGCUCCCCAAUGGGCAGUUCACAGAGGCCGAAGAAUUUUUUGUCAAAUACAAGAACUAUUCUUACUUGCACUGUGAAUGGGCCACCAUCGCUCAGCUCGAGAAGGACAAGCGGAUUCACCAGAAGCUCAAGCGCUUUAAAACCAAAAUGGCUCAGAUGAGGCACUUCUUCCACGAGGACGAAGAGCCCUUCAACCCAGAUUAUGUGGAGGUUGACCGUAUCCUGGAUGAGUCACACAGCAUCGACAAGGACAAUGGCGAGCCCGUCAUCUACUAUCUGGUGAAGUGGUGUUCGCUGCCUUACGAGGACAGCACGUGGGAACUCAAGGAAGAUGUGGACGAGGGGAAAGUCCGGGAGUUCAAACGCAUCCAGUCGAGACACCCCGAGCUCAAACGAGUGGCCCGUCCCCAGGCAGGUUCCUGGAAGAAGUUGGAGCUGUCCCACGAGUACAAGAACGGCAACCAGCUGCGAGAAUAUCAGCUCGAGGGGGUGAAUUGGUUGCUUUUCAACUGGUACAAUAGACAAAACUGCAUCCUGGCGGACGAGAUGGGUCUGGGCAAAACCAUCCAGUCGAUUGCCUUCCUGCAGGAGGUGUACAACGUGGGCAUCCGGGGGCCCUUCCUGGUCAUCGCCCCUCUCUCCACCAUCACCAACUGGGAGCGGGAAUUCAACACCUGGACCGAGAUGAACACCAUCGUGUACCACGGCAGUCUUGCCUCCCGCCAGAUGAUCCAGCAGUACGAGAUGUACUGCAAGGACUCGCGGGGUCGCCUGAUCCCAGGAGCGUACAAGUUCGAUGCCUUGAUCACCACCUUUGAGAUGAUCCUGUCGGACUGCCCCGAGCUGAGGGAGAUAGAGUGGCGCUGCGUCAUCAUUGACGAAGCCCAUCGCCUUAAGAAUCGCAACUGCAAACUGCUGGACAGUCUCAAGCACAUGGACCUGGAGCACAAAGUCUUAUUGACUGGCACCCCACUCCAGAACACAGUGGAGGAACUCUUCAGCCUCCUGCAUUUCCUCGAGCCAUCCCAGUUCCCCUCGGAAUCGGAGUUCCUCAAAGACUUUGGUGACCUCAAAACUGAGGAGCAGGUGCAGAAGCUGCAGGCCAUCCUGAAGCCCAUGAUGCUCCGCCGCCUGAAGGAGGAUGUGGAGAAGAACCUGGCCCCCAAGCAGGAGACCAUCAUUGAGGUGGAGCUGACCAACAUCCAGAAGAAGUACUACCGGGCCAUCCUGGAGAAGAACUUCAACUUCCUGUCCAAAGGGGCGGGCCACAGCAACAUGCCCAACCUCCUCAACACCAUGAUGGAGCUGCGCAAGUGCUGCAACCAUCCCUACCUCAUCAACGGGGCGGAAGAGAAGAUCCUGACCGAGUUCCGGGAUUCCUGCCACCACCACGUGCCCCACGACUUCCCCCUGCAGGCCAUGGUGCGUUCCUCCGGGAAGCUGGUGCUGAUCGACAAGCUGCUUCCCAAACUAAAGGCUGGCGGGCACAAGGUGCUGAUCUUUUCCCAAAUGGUCCGCUGCCUCGACAUCCUGGAGGACUACCUCAUUCAGAAGAGGUACCUCUACGAGCGCAUUGACGGGCGGGUGCGGGGGAACCUGCGGCAGGCUGCCAUCGACCGCUUCAGCAAGCCUGACUCGGACCGCUUCGUCUUCCUGCUCUGCACGCGGGCAGGGGGCCUGGGGAUCAACCUGACGGCCGCAGACACCUGCAUCAUUUUUGACUCUGAUUGGAAUCCCCAGAAUGACCUGCAGGCUCAGGCUCGCUGCCACCGGAUUGGGCAGAGCAAGGCGGUGAAGGUCUACCGCCUCAUCACCCGCAACUCCUACGAGCGUGAGAUGUUUGACAAAGCCAGCCUCAAGCUGGGGCUGGACAAGGCCGUCCUGCAGUCCAUGAGUGGGCGAGAGGGCAGCAUCGCUGGGAUCCAGCAGUUCUCCAAGAAGGAGAUUGAGGACCUCCUGCGCAAGGGAGCCUACGCUGCCAUCAUGGAAGAGGAUGACGAGGGCUCCAAGUUCUGCGAAGAGGAUAUUGACCAGAUCUUGCUCCGCCGUACCACCACCAUCACCAUUGAGAGCGAGGGCAAGGGGUCCACCUUUGCCAAGGCGAGCUUUGUGGCUUCUGAGAACCGGACAGACAUUGCCUUGGAUGACCCCAACUUCUGGCAGAAAUGGGCCAAGAAGGCAGACUUGGACCUCGAGAUGCUCAACAGCAAGAACAACCUGGUGAUAGACACGCCCCGGGUGCGAAAGCAGACCCGCCACUUCAGCACCCUCAAGGACGACGACCUGGUGGAGUUCUCGGACCUGGAGAGCGACGACGAUGACCGGCCGCGUUCCCGGCGCCAUGACCGCCACCACCACCCACUCCACCACUCGUACGGGCGCACGGACUGCUUCCAGGUGGAGAAACAACUGCUGGUCUAUGGCUGGGGCCGCUGGCGGGAGAUCCUGUCUCACGGGCGAUUCAAGCGCCGAAUGUCCGAGCGGGACGUGGAGACCAUCUGCCGCGCCAUCCUUGUGUACUGCCUCAUGCACUACCGGGGUGACGAGAACAUCAAGGGAUUUAUCUGGGACCUCAUCAGUCCGGUUGAGAAUGGCAAAGCCAAGGAGCUCCAGAAUCACUCUGAGAGCCAUGCCCCUGCUCUGAGCUCACUUCCUGUUCCUCGGGCAGGCCUGUCCAUCCCAGUCCCACGGGGCCGCAAGGGGAAGAAGGUGAAGUCCCAGACCACGUUCGACGUCCAGAAAGCCGAGUGGAUCCGCAAGUACAACCCAGACACGCUCUUCCAGGAUGAGGGCUACAAGAAACACCUCAAGCACCAAUGUAACAAGGUGCUGCUGAGAGUGCGCAUGCUCUAUUACCUGCGCCAGGAGGUGAUCGGGGACCAAGCCGAAAAAGUGUUGGCAGGUGUUGUGUUCAGUGAAAUUGACAUCUGGUUCCCAUUGGUGGAUCAGGCUGAGGUCCCCACGGCCUGGUGGGAUGCUGAAGCUGACAAGUCUUUGCUCCUUGGAGUCUUCAAACAUGGCUAUGAGAAGUACAACACCAUGCGAGCAGACCCUGCCCUCUGCUUCCUGGAGAAGGCUGGUCGGCCGGACGACAAAGCCAUUGCCGCUGAGCACCGCCUGGAUGUGGGAGAGGGUGUGGAUUUCGACAAGGACUGUGAGGAUCCUGAGUACAAACCAGUGGGGGCUCCCGCCAAGGAGCAGGAUGAUGAGGGUGACCCGCUGAUGAUGAUGAUGGAUGAAGAAAUCUCCGUGGUGGAUGGUGAGGAAGGCCAGCCAGGGAACCUCUUCUGGCCCUCGGCCUCGGCACUCACGGCCCGUUUGCGGAGGCUGAUCACCGCCUUCCAACGGAGCUACAAGCGCGAGCAGCUCAAGAUGGAAGCAGCGGAGCGAGGAGACCGGCGGCGCCGGCGCUGUGAGGCUGCCUUCAAGUUGAAGGAGAUGGUGCGGCGGGAGAAGCAGCAGAGAUGGACACGACGAGAGCAGUCGGACUUCUAUCGCGUGGUCUCUACGUUUGGGGUGGAGUACGACCCGGACACCAUGCGCUUCCACUGGAGCCGCUUCCGGGCCCUGGCCCGGCUAGACAAGAAGACGGACGAGAGCCUUGCCAAGUAUUUCCAUGGCUUUGUGGCCAUGUGUCGGCAAGUGUGCCGGCUGCCCCCUGCCGCCAGCGAUGAGUCCCCAGACCCGACCCUGUUCAUCGAGCCCAUCACGGAGGAGCGGGCCUCGCGCACCUUGUACCGCAUCGAUCUCCUGCGGCGCCUGCGGGAGCAAGUGCUGUGCCACCCCCUGCUGGAGGAGCGGCUGGCGCUGUGCCAGCCCCCGGGCCCGGAGAUGCCGCCCUGGUGGCAGGGCGGCCGCCACGACGGGGAGCUGCUGCGCGGCGUGGCCCGCCACGGCCUCAGCCAGACAGACGCCACCAUCAUGCAGGACCCGGAGUUCUCGUUCCUGGCAGCCCGCCUCAACCACAUGCACAGCCGCGCCGGGGGCACGGGGACGCCGCCGCCGCUGCCGCCGCCGCCGCCACAGCCUUCGGGGUUGCCUCUUGCUGGAGCCGGUGCUGCUACUGCUGCCCCUUCCCCCCUGCUCCUCCCCCCAUCUUUGCAUGAGCUACCUGCUGCACCACAGCCCCCGGGCCUCCCCCCGAAACCCGACUCGGCCGACGACUCCGACUCGGAACUGGACCUCAGCAAAAUCUCGGCUUCUUCAUCCUGUUCCUCCACCACGGGCUGCUCUGAUGACAGUGAGGGUGAAGAGGUCUCUUGCAGUGGGAAGCUCUUUGAAGAGGAGGAAUCGCUGCUGUCCCUGCCCACUUCCCACGAGGGCAACUCUCCGCAGCCCAGCGCCUCGGACCUUCUGCUCCAGGAGCGCCAACGAGCCCACGAAUGGCCAAAGGAUCGAGUGCUCAUCCACCGCAUUGACUUGGUGUGUCAGGCUGUGCUCUCGGGGAAGUGGCCUUCCGCACAGCAGGCCCAGGGGGCGCUGUGUCUGGGUCAGGGAGAAGGCCUCUCCCGCUUGCACGGAGAAUACACCAGCUCUCCUAUCCCUCACAUCUGCCCCCUGGCAUCGCAGGACGAAGGGGCGACCUCCUUCACCCGCCUCAGGCACAGCGGCCAAGAGAAGGAGUUCACUGUGCAGAUCAAAGACGAAGAGGGAAUCAAGCUGACCUUCCAGAAGCACAAAUUGGUCCCGAAUGGCACCAUGCGGGACCGCCCUGCCAUCACCCAGAAGAAGAGUAGCAAGAAGAUGGUGGAGCUGGAGCUGCAGUGUCUGGAGGCGCUGAGGGGCCCCGAUAUUGACCUCGAGGCACGGAUCCCAGUGGUGAACAAGACAGACGGGACACUGCUGGUAGGCGACGCUGCUCCCCGGCGGGCUGACCUGGAAGUGUGGCUUCAGGCCCACCCCGAGUUUGCUGUGGACCCUCGCUUCCUGGCCUACAUGGAGGAGCGCCGGAAGCACAGGUGGCCCCGAUUUCCGAAGCCCGUCCCGAUAGAGCACAGCUGCUUGGGGCUGGAGCGGAUGCAGGCAGCUGGUAUCUCUGCCAACGGCAAGAAGGGCUUCUUGCCAGAUCCCACUAUGAACCGCCUUCUGCCAGGACCAGUCGGGGCUGAGAACGCCCAGAAACGGGGCCGCCAGACGCCCAUGGAGUUCUCCAACAUGAUGGCUCUGGUGGGAGCCGGCCGGGUCCAGCUAGGAGCCACAGGGCCUCUCGCCUUGCACCAUGCCCAUUUCCAACCCGGCCCGGCCCACGGCUCCCCGUUGUCAUACAUGCCCUUCUCAACUGCAGCUGCUGCCACGGCUGCCUCCUCCUCUGGCACCCUGCUGCAUCCCGGGCUUGGCCACGCCAGCUUUGCCACGGGCCCCUUGCACCUGGGCCAUCCCCAGCCCGUGGACGAGGAUGAGGACGAAGACGAGAUGGACGACUUGUCUCAGGGCUACGCCAGCUCGGAACGGGACUUCUCCUUGCUCGACGACGACCCCAUGAUGCCGGCCAACUCUGACUCCAGUGAAGAAGGCGACGAGGAGGGGGACGACUGAGCUUGUCCUGAGCAUGCACAGACAGACGGACGCAAACAGGGCCAGCUUGCUGGGACUUGACACCCCCCCUUGAUGUUGGACUUGACAGGCGAGAACUUCAUGUCCACUUGGCAUGUGCCAGUUGAGUUCGCUUCGUUCCACACGGCUUGCAAGGGAGGACAAAGCGAGGUCUUUCCAACACAGCAAGGGCUGGCUGGACAACUGUUCUCCUAGAAGGGUGCUCCCGUGUGGCUUUAACAGAAGUAAAUGGCUGCUGGUUUGGUCAGCAAGUUCUGCUUUUCCUUCCAGCACUUGGUAUCAAUUGGCAAAUGCCCUUGAGGCUGUGGUGGUGAUCUCCCUGGGGCAGCGCGACCAUAGCAGGAGCCCAGGCUAGCUAAGCCAAUCUGGGUAUAGUUAGCAGCUCCUUCUUUUAUUUUUGGCUCUCCCCACAGCCUGCUCCAUUCCUUCCUUCCCCCCACCAACCCCAGGUUCAUGUGCUGUAGCAUAAGUGCAAGGUGGGGUAGGUGGCGGUGGGGGCUUUCCCUUUUCCUCCGUCCCCUGUCUCUCUGCGUGGGUGGGGUUUAUAUUUAUAAAUAUGUAAUAUGUCUUGUGUAAUAUGGCUGAGGCUGUGGGAAUGAAUUGUGGGGGAGUCAAGUCACGGAGGGUGGGUUUUUGGGUGGCAGGGGGCUGUGGGUGAAGAGAAAUAGAGCUUCCUGUAGCUGGAUUCUCCCCUCCCUCCUUUUUUUUCUUUUUUUAAUAAAAGAAGCAAAAUGUACAAAAAAAAAUCCCCUCAAUCCUACUCCUUCAUUCCACUGUAUCGGUUGCAUAAAAAUAUUCCUAAGAAUGGGGAUGUGAA